ACUGUACUGCUGGAAGGGAGUCCACACAGGUUUUUGACUGGCACAAACUUUUCGCCCUGUCAUGUUUUCACUACGGUUCUCCCGUGACAAUAAACCAGGUAUUGGAGUCCCAUAUAGCUAUUUGAGGUGAAUGCAAGGAUUUAUUUGUUUAUCAGGUUGAAGAGGUCGAAUGAUAACAAAAAAUAUAUUUUUUUGUGAUUUGGUUUGGCUACUUCUGCACACAAAAAAAUUACGGUGGCGCUUCAACUCCAAGACGCGCUGUGCCGUUCCUCUUCCAAAGAUCAACAUGAUGUCUGCCAUUGACACGGGUACCACUGUGUACCAACCAGCAAAACUACUGAACUGGCUUUACACGUCGCUACAUGACACGCAACAGACCAAUACCUUCGAUGCGUUCCGAACGGAAUCGGAGAGUUCUCCACGCGACCGGAACAACAAACAGCGGUCCGCUGCUGCUGUCGACCUGAGCACUGCGCUCAACUCCAACUAUCUCAUCAACUUCGUGCAACUUCAGAGGAAUGAGGCCUUAAACAGCAACUUGUAUAAAAGCUCCUCGCUCAACAACAUCAUAGACGGCCUGAGUUCUCUGACAGACCACUUCUCUGACCUCUCCGUCUCCUCUGAGCCACGCAAAUCCAGCAAGCAACCGCCGCCCAACUACCUGUGCCAUCUCUGCUUCAACAAAGGACACUACAUCAAAGACUGCCCUCAGGCUCGGCCUAAAGGGGAAGGCCUGACCCCAUAUCAGGGCAAGAAGAGAUGUUUCGGGGAAUACAAGUGCCCUAAAUGCAAGAGGAAGUGGAUGAGCGGAAACUCCUGGGCCAACAUGGGACAAGAAUGCAUCAAGUGCCACAUCAACGUUUACCCUCAGAAGCAGAGACCUCUGGAGAAACCUGAUGGGUUAGAUGUUUCAGACCAGAGCAAGGAGCACCCACAGCACCUGUGUGAAAAAUGCAAGGUCCUCGGCUACUACUGUCGUCGCGUGCAAUAAAAAACCUGUCGUUAUCUGGUUCAUGGAGUUGCCCUCUAGACACUGAUCUUGGGUCAGUUUAGUAUUUUCUCCACCAAUGGUUAAGGUCAGGUCUGGGGGAGGGGAAGCUGUACCUAGAGUAAACUUCACCCUGGAGCCAAGUUCACUUCCCUGGCCUUGAGUUCACUUAAACCUCCAGUGGUUUAUGAAGAGGCAAAACUCAUCUAAAUGUGUUUAUAUAUAUAUAUAUAUAUUUAAUCUCAGUAAAAAUAGGCCUGAUUGUCCUGUCGUACUCUGUUAUACUGUGAAACAUUUACCUGUUUGUGUUCCCUACAUGUGUGUAAAUUGGGGACAAUUCCAUUUCAACUAAGUCAAUUCAGGAAGUAAACUGAAGUUCCAAUUUCAGUUUACUUCCUGAAUUGAAGUGAAAUUGACCCAAACCCUGGUGUGUUUUCGACAAGCGCAUAGCCUUAACUGUUCAAAGUCAUUUACGCUCCAGUCGACAUCCACACCGUUUACCGUGAAUAAGAACUCUUGAGAAUGUCGGGGAGAGAAAUCGCCUUUUUUUAAAAAGGGUCAUUUUCAGCAGUGCGACACAGUAACACUGGCUGACAACCCACACUUGAUUGGAUCCCGACCCAAGUGAAGUGAAUUAGGUUGGUGUUGGGUCAUAGUAAUAAUAACAAUAAUAUAUAAUAAUAAAAUAAUAUCAACUAGAGAGAGGGAUUCUGAAGACGUAAUUUCCUGUUUAUGUAUUCAUUAGUCUAACAUAUUUCAUUGAGUAAUUUACUAGUUAUGUUUUUACAUUGUGAAAUGUUAUCAGCACGAGGAUUAAAUAUCGUGUAACCUUUUUCAUAAAUCUUCCGAGACUGCUGUGGAUCAAACUAUGGAAUCAGUAGCUUUUUGAAAGCAGGGCAAAUAGUUUACAUUUAAAUCUGAUGCGGUACGCUUAUACAGCACCAGUCAAAUGUUUGGACACACCUACUCAUUCAAGGGUUUUUCUUUAUUUUUUAAAACUAUUGUCUACAUUGUAGAAUAAUAGUGAAGACAUAAAACGAUGAAAUAACACCUAUUG